AUGGAGAUCGACAUCAAGGCCCUUCGCCGUCUGGAGGAUGACCUGAAAGCUGGAAAAAUUAGCGCAACAACGUCUGUGGAACGAGACGCCAUGGUGAAUCUGCUCAAAUACCUUCAGAUCGAAACUGUACACCAGUUUGAGACAGCGUACGACCGUCUAUGCUUCGAGCUCGACAAGGAUGGAGGGUUAGCAUGUCUUCGCAGCAUCGCCCCGAUUCAGUCGGCGGACCGCCAACAACCCAAAGUCUGCUUGGAGCUGCAAGACGGCGAUAAGGAAGCUCAACUAGCACGACAGGUAGAUUUCUACCUCCAAGACGCACGCCUGGCGAAAUCGGGUUUGGACGAGCUCGUCAAGGAUGUGGCCAACGAAGUGGAAGGGUGCGAGGCUAAAUGCGUGGAAGUCAAGUCGUCGGAGAGCACAACCCGAAAGGCGAAAUCGUCCUAUGGCGGGAACGUCCGCAUGCUUUCGGACAUGGCUCGUGUUUCCGUGAUCUGUGACAAACCCGAAGACCUUGCACGGGCAUUCUCGAGUAUCUUGGGACGUCUCCAGCCGCAUGAAGUCCGUAGGGUGACCAACGGCUUCACGUCCGACUGGAUGCCCAGCGGCUACCGAGAUGUGAAAGUGAAUCCAGCCGUGAACGAGCAUGUAUGUGAGAUUCAGCUACAGCUCCGCCAGUUCUACGAGUUGAAGCACGACCAACACGCAGUGUACGAGUGGGCGCGGGAGCUCAGCGUAACUGCGAAAAUGGAAGCCGAACAGCUGUUCGAGAACCUAUCUGGAGAGGUUACGGAGGAGAUGAUCCGUCUCGCUGAGGGGAAUUGGCGUGGGACGGGGUACUGCCUGGUGGACUUGCUAACUAUGGCAGGACAGUACGCCAAGGCUGAGGAAGGAAGCAGGAAGGUGUCGCACUUGGACGUCAAGGACUGGAGGGAGGCCUUGCUCCAAGAGAGUACAGCAAGGAGGAACCUGGGGUAUGCGCUAAAGAUGCAGGCUAAGUUUCAAAAGUCCCAUUUGGUGAUUACAGGCCCAAUAUUUGGCUGCGAGUUGUUCGUUUUCGGGGUGCUAAAAUUUCGGAGCAUCACGGACACGGCUGUGCAGGGCAAACAUGCGGAGGCUGAACCACUAUAUGAGCGGUCGCAGGCCAUACGCGAGAAGGUACUGGGACCUAAGCAUCCGGACGUGGCAGAGGUGCUCAACAACCGGGCGACGUUGUUGAAGAGUCAGGGCAUUCGAGAGGAAGUGCUGGGUACGCACCACCCUGCGGUGGCGACCGCGCUCAACAACCGGGCUGGACUGUUGAGUGUUCUGGCAGAGACUCUCUACGCUUCGGCUCUUGAGAUCUGGGAGAAGGUGCUAGGCCCUGAGCACCCCAACGUUGCCACCGCCAACAGCAACCGCGCAGCGGUUUUAGGGCAUCAGGGAAGCUACGCUGAGGCUGCGCGGCUGUUCGAGCGUUCUCAGAUCAUACAUGAAAAGGUGCUGGGCCCGGAGCACCCCAAGGUCGCCACGGACAUGAACAAUAGGGCGGUAAUGUUGAAGAAACAGGCGAUUCGAGAGAAGUCUUUGGGCCCGGAGCAUCCAGAUGUGGCCCAGUCGCUUAGUAACAGGGCAGGGCUCCUAAGGAGCCUAGUGAGGAAUAAGUAGUACUUCGUAUUUUUCAGGGAUGGACAUGUCGUAGGGUUCUAUUAAUAAUGUUCAGUGAAGGGUUUCUGUCUUAAUGGACCCCGUUCGUGCGUUGUCCCGUUGCACUCAACACAGGCAGUGUACCUCACUGGGGAAGAGUCAAGCCGUUGUGCAAGAGGAGGGACGUUGAAUUGAGAAAAUCGGGGCAGUAGUGUCCCGGCCUAACGAUCCCAAAUUGCUCGCCUACCACAACCAUUAGUAGACUAGCUUUUUCCGCAUGUCAAGCCCUCCCUGGACACUGCUCCGGCCGGUCGUCCUCACCGGUUCUGUAAAUACGAUGAUGAAUAAUUCGCUACGGUCGCGAGCAUUCGGAGGGUGCAGGCAAACAUGAUCGGGGAAUCGAACAGACCAACAUGUUCCCCCGCUCCAGCCAGCUGGAGAGGUGUCCAAGAUAGCUGUCCCCCGACCCGUGGGGCAAACGCCUCCUCUUGG